GUGCUAGCCAUCUGAGCAAGGCGGUGCAAAUCGGUCAAAGUGACUGCCUGCGCGGCCCCUAAAGCUCCCCGUAUCUUAGGGUGAACUCUCAUAACGCUGCGCUUGAGUACUGCGAGCGCUGCUGCUUAUUAGCGCCGCCGCGCGACGCUUGACUUACCUUCCUCGCCUCCUCUGGCCAGGAGAAGAGCUGCCGCGACGCCACCGCGACCGGCCUGCGCAGAUCGAGUAUCGCUGCCAGACCACACACGCCUGAAACAUGGCGCCGAACGAGCGGACGCACGUCGACAAAAGCCAGGCCCAGGCCGCGUACUCGGCGCUCGAUGUGGAAGCCUCGGCGCGAGCCCACGCGUCGAGGGUCGACGGCGGCCACGACGAGGCCCAUUCGAAAGUCGGCGGCCAACUCAAAACGAUAGUCUUCGGCGGUCUCGAUGGCAUCCUCACGUCUUUUGCGAUCGUCUCCUCGUGCGCCGGCUCGGGACUCACCAGUCGCGUAGUACUGCUCUUGGGAGCCUGCAACAUCUUGGCGGACGCCAUGGCCAUGGGUGUUGGGGAAUACCUCUCGACAAAAUCGUCAGAUGAAUAUGCCAGGAGGGAACGCGCGCGGGAGGACUGGGAGCUCAGAAAUCACCCCGAGGGCGAGGUCGAGGAGAUGGUCGAGAUCUAUGUCCAGCGGGGCAUGUCUCGCGAAGAUGCGCAAGUCGUGAUAAGCACGAUGGCGAAGUAUCACGACUUCUUCGUCGACGUCAUGAUGGUCGAGGAGCUCGGGUUGUUUGUCCCGGAGGAGGACGCGUGGGUCGAGUCGGCGAAGGACGGGCUGCUCAUGUUCGCGUCGUUCGUCGUGUUCGGGACGGCGCCGCUCGUCGGGUAUUUACUUACUCCUCUCUUUGUUCACGAUCCGUCGGAGCACGACCUGUUCCUGGCCGCUUGUGCCGUGACUGGAGUGACGCUGUUUAGUCUGGGCGCGGCGAAGGCUAGAUUUGUGCAACAAAAGGCCUUGAAGCUGGGCGCCGAGACGCUGGCGCUGGGGGCUUUAUGCGCGUCGGUGGCCUACUUCUGCGGCGCCGCGCUGUCGUCGCAGCUCCCCUCGCACUAACCUGUCGUGUUUCUAGUUUCUACCAGUACGCCAUCGCCGCGACGGCUAGACGCGACGGCGUCGUGUAGCUACUCUAGAUAAACGGGACAUAGUUGCGUUACUCGGCGCGGAGACGGAAAGGCGUCCCU